AGCGCUCCGCCGGAGCCGGUCCUGCCCGCCGGCUCCCGCAGCCUUGCAGAUAGGGGCUCGCCCGCCCGGGGAGGAAGGGGAAGGAGGGUGGGGGGGGGGGUCUCUCCUGGACGCCCGGACCCACCCAGCCUUCGGCCCGGGCAGCUAUGCACCCGGACAGGGGGGCUUCUCGCUGUCCGCACCUCGCCCUGCGCUGAGCCCGGCCGGCUCCCAACCGAGCCGGUCCUUGGACCCGCAUCUCCUUCGCCCCCCACCCCUCGCCCCUUUCCGCGGGCUGCGGGGGGGGGGCUGAUGCAGCCGCCAAGAGAGAGGAUAGUGGUAAAAGCCCGAGCUGGAUGGAUGGGUAUGGGGAGAGGGGCAGAAUCGACAGCCCUGGGAUUCUUCCAAAUCCUCCGUGUCUUUCUCUGCAUCUUUCCCACAGCCACCUCCCAGUGCAAGAUCCUGAAGUGCAACUCUGAGUUCUGGACGGCCACCUCUGGGGCUCACUACCUGGGCGGCGAGGACACCCCGGAGUUCUGCACGGCCCUGCGGGCCUAUGCCCACUGCACCCGGCGCACGGCCCGCACCUGCCGGGGGGACCUGGCCUACCACUCGGCCGUCCACGGCAUAGAGGACCUCAUGAGCCAGCACAACUGUUCCAAGGAUGGCCCCACCACCCAGCCCCGCCUCCGCACUCUGCCCCCGGUGGACCCCCAGGAGCGCUCGGACAGUCCCGAGAUCUGCCACUACGAGAAGAGCUUCCACAAGCACUCCGCGCCCCCCAACUACACCCACUGCGGCCUGUUCGGGGACCCCCACCUCAGGACUUUCACGGACCGCUUUCAGACCUGCAAGGUGCAGGGGGCCUGGCCGCUCAUAGACAAUAACUACCUGAACGUUCAGGUCACCAACACCCCAGUGCUGCCGGGAUCUGCUGCCACCGCUACCAGCAAGCUCACCAUCAUCUUCAAGAGCUUCCAGGAGUGCGUGGAGCAGAAGGUGUACCAAGCGGAGAUGGACGAGCUCCCGGCUGCCUUUGCUGACGGCUCCAAGAACGGCGGUGACAAGCAUGGGGCUAACAGCCUGAAGAUCACAGAGAAGGUGUCGGGCCAGCAUGUGGAGAUCCAAGCCAAGUACAUCGGCACCACCAUUGUGGUCAGGCAGGUCGGCCGCUACCUGACCUUCGCUGUGCGCAUGCCCGAGGAGGUGGUCAAUGCCGUGGAGGACCGGGACGGUCAGGGCCUCUACCUUUGCCUCCGGGGCUGCCCCCUGAGCCAGCAGAUUGACUUCCGGGCCUUCCAUGCUGCCGAGAGCCGGGGGCCGCGCCGCCCGGGGUCCGGUCUCCCUGCUUCGGCCCCGCCCGCGGCCUUCACCUAUGAGACGGCCACCGCCAAGUGCAGGGAGAAGCUGCCCGUGGAGGACCUCUACUUCCAGUCCUGCGUGUUUGAUCUCCUGACCACAGGGGAUGUGAACUUCACCCUGGCUGCGUACUACGCAUUCGAGGACGUCAAGUCGCUGCACUCCAACAAAGACCGGCUGCACCUAUAUGAGAGGACUCGGGACCUGGCGGGAGGAGCCACAUGCUUGGACCUGUCUUGGGCCCUGCUCCUGACCUUCGGAGCCCUGGCAGGGACAUGGGCAUCUGUGGGCCUCUAGGUGUUGGCCACUGUAGGCCUGAAGGUGUCCAGCUUGAGGUCGAGCGAGCAAAGCAGGAGGGAGGAGGGGGAGGGGAUGGUGGCUGCCCUUUCUGAGAACUCUGGCCCUCUUGGGUCUGGUCUGAGGUUUCAGGGGAAGGGGAGGCUUGCACGAUCAGCUGGGAGCCCUCUCCCUCCAGAGCUACUUUCUCCACAAUCCCCUAGCUUGACACCUCCAAGGGAAAAUGAUGUGAGACCCUGGAGAAGUGGGCCGGUCUUCUCCAGCAUCAAGGGGACUCUUACCUCACACCGACUUUCCUCUGCCCUCCUGCUUCCCUUUCCUCCUCUCCCUCAAAAUGCGUAAGCCUGGGCAGGUGAGGACAGGUUGAGCUCCCUCUGACACCCCCCUACCCCUGCCUCGAUGUCCCUCGGUGCUUUGUCAAGGCACUCUCUGGUCUGUGGUGACUGGGACACUGCGUGUGUGAUAGUAAGCUUCAUGUUUGGGGAUGAGAGUCUGCUAUUUGGCCCUCGCAGUGAAAGGGGUGUCAAAUGUUCUUCUUUCCCACCCCCCCCCCCUUACGCCCCCUGCCCACCGGCCCACUGGAUGAAUGUGCAAACCAAAUGAUGUUCUCUGCUGAAAGUCCUGGGAGGACAGACCACCAUCUCCCAAACCUUCCACCCUAUUGAGAGAUUUCCCCUGUGCUCAUAAGCGCACACAUUCAAACACACACACAUACACAAACAUAUACACACACAGCUUGACAGCCAAGUGUGCACUGAAACACGCACCCUUGACAUGGCAUGCACUGAAGUGGAUUCACACACUGGACGUAUGUCCAGGUCCAGCCGCCCUCAUCCCUAGAUUCCUAGGUUGACUAACCAGGCCCAAGUGGCCAUCCAAAUGCCCACCCACACUGAACCCCGGCCUGGGCACACAGCCAGGGAUGGUCAGAACACUCCAAACGCUGCCCUCCCUCCGCCCGAAGCAGUGCGAUGAUCCUGGGAUCAGUGGCAGCCGAGCUGUGUGAAUCCCAGGUGGGAAGAAGCUUGGAGGGGAAGUGCAAGAUUCCUCAGAGCCCAGCAGUCAUAGGUAGCUCUCAUGGCCCUACAUGGGUGCCAUCCAAAUAGACGUCCCUGGAUCUUCCAAAUGGCAUUGUCUUUGGCCUUCCAGGUGCCUCUCUUUGAAGGGUGACCCAAGAGCCAGGAGCAAGGGUCCUAGAGAGUUUGUGGGGGGGCAGGGAGGGGUUCCAGGCCCAGCCAGCCUCCAAGAUGCUGAGGCUUGCAGCGUCCAUCCAUCACAUCCUACCAGAUAAACGCCAUUUGUAAAGCAGCAGGGAAAUGCAACUUGUGUCUUGGUUGUAAUUUAUAUUGUCUCUUUAAUAUAUAGAACCCUUCACAUUGAUCCUAUGUGACUGUACAUAUGAAGAGAUGUAAUUGGUUUUCAAUGUUUAAGCAGAGAAAAGAUGUGUUUACUACUUCUGUUCCUUCCUCGUGUGGUGGUGGCAACUGUUUCUUGAUAGGGAGAUGUAGAGUAGGGGUAUAGUAGCGGAGCCAGCCCAGAGAUUUCCCCAGGCAAUGGGGCCAGCUGGCCUGCCCUGUUCACCUUCAUUUUUUCAGUCUCCUGGCCUCAGAGGAUUUGCUGGCCUCCCAGGAAUGGCAACCAUGGGACAAGCCUCAGAGGGGAGAUGAUUCAGGAUGUCCCAUUCAUUCUUUCAACCCACCACUCAGAAUUCUGGGACAUGAGGAGAGAAGGUGGGUCAGGCACUCGGGUCCUCCUAGUCGCUCUACCCCAGGCUUUGGAGGGGGCACUCCGGCUCCUGACGGGGUGGAUAGCAGGGAACCUGCCUCAGUUUUCAGUCUUGUACAUCCCCAGUCCUGUAAGGGAGGAAAUUGUUCCUUGGCCCUCUCUCCUCUGGCUUUCUCCUCUCGGGUUCUUUUGUCUUCUGCAGGCCAGAUAACCAGUCAUCCUAGCUCCCUUUCCAUGGUGAAACAGCUGGGUUUUCCUUAGAAUUUGGGAACCAGCUUGCAUUUGCGGGGGGGAGGGGCAGCCCCAAUGCCCACAAUCCCAGCCUCCAGUAGCCGCAGCGGCUCUGGACUUAGGCUUUCCAGUGACGCCUCCUCCUCCCCAAAACCAGAAGGGGGUGUUCUGCUUCUUUGGUCAGUGCAGGUUGUCUUGAAGAAGGAUCCUUGCCUUGCGGGGCCUGCUCCCUGGUGCAUGGCCCUUCUUCAGGACCCUCUCCGUGCACCGACUCAGUGCUACUCGCUGUUGCUCCUGAUAUUGAUUCAGAGGGGAGUUGAGGCCCGUACCCCACACAGUAAGAGCUCACUGGGUUCUGAGCAGUUUAGUUCUCUCUGCCAAAGCCACGCAGCCCAGGAGGAUGGAGAAUGCCUGCCUGCUGGUUGGUGGAAUUGCCCUUUGUUAGAAGUUAAACAAGUGAAGCACUUUAUUUUGGUUGUGUUUGACCGCGUUCUGGUUACAGGUGAAGACACCUCACCACACCCAUGUGUGUAAGACCUAUGUGGAGUGUCACCACGUGUACAUACUGUAAAUUAUUUAUUGAUCAACAAAAUGCAAGUAAAGUUUGGGGGUUUUUUUGA